AUGAGUGAGGACGGGCAGUUGAGAGCAGUCCACCUCAUCCUUGAUUUUGAGCCGCUAUUAGACGCUUUCCAGGACAUUGCCGACGCCAUCAAGGCAGGUGACCCUCGGCUACAGAGGAUCGAUGUCUCGGUUCCCGGCUUUCUGGCCCGAAGAGAUCUUCCACCCGUCAAGUUGCCCUUCCAUCGUUCUCUCCCCGAAGCAGCAGCCCCAAGGGAAGAGACUACUUCCUCGCGCUUAUCCCUUGAGUGGGGAAUUGAUCAAUCUGACUCGAGGAAGAAGAAGAGUUCCAAGGAGGAAGACUUGAUGUCUUUGAAUCCAAGAAAAGGUUUAAGGGAUCUAAUGGCUGGACGGAACAAGGGGUCGUCGUCCAAGGAGAUCCCCAAAUCCCAGGAUCCUACAAAUCUCCCCCCUCCCCCUUCUCCUCCCAUAACCACGCUCGACCUACUUCUCAUUCCUAACCUAAAGAAGAAGAGAAAGGAGCAAGAACUGGAGGAAGGGGCGAUGGUCCCUCAGAAGGGGGCCAAACAGCAAAAGAUUGCUAAGGACAAACGAGCUUCCUCUGUGGAAAGUAGGGAGGACCCAAGUGGGGCUGAGGUUUUUGUGGCCGAGGAGUGGGUCAAGGAUGCCCGUAAUGAGACUAGGGCUGAGGCCCACUCCCGCGUUGAGGCUAAGAAGUCCUUGGGAGCCUUGAAGCAAGAGCAACUGGAGUUGGCUGCCAAGUUGACUGCUGAGGAGAGGGCAAGAAGGAGUGCUAAGGCCAUUCUUCCCCCCUCUGAGGCCUCCAAAGGAUCCGGCCAAGCUGGUGAUCAAGGCCAAGGAGCUGAGGUGGCCAAGGACAAAGGCAAGGGUAAGAAGGUUAAGCCCCCCUUAGAGGCUAAAGAUGCUACCAAAGUCAAGGAUGUCGCUGAGGCCAAGGACACUGCAGUUAAAGCGAAAGAAGCUGAGGCAAGAUCCAAGGAGGCUGAUCCUAAGGCCACAAAUGCUCCUGCCCCUCAGCCAAGCAAGAAAGAAGACCCUUCUCCUCCUACCAAGGCCUAG